AUCCUAGCGUUACGUUGUUACACUUCUUGUGUGAUUCCACCCAGCAGCUGCUUUCGCUAGCUAACUAGCUAACGGUAACCGGACAUCUUUCGUGUAGCGUUAGCGUCAUGCUGGCUAGCUUGACAAUAGCUAUCUUUUCGAUAAGGAAGUUUAUCAUUACGUUUCUGGACCAAAUCCCAACUUCUUUGACAAGGGGACUCUUGACACAAGUCUCAGACAGCUGGAGAAGUUGAAGCACAGCAGAGACCACAAAGCAGCUGGAUACCUACUGACACGGCGUGUGAAGGAUGUCUUCACCAUUAUACUACAGCCAAGACAGUGUUACUCGCUUCAAGAAAAGAAAAGCUCGUUUCUCUUUCAGUGAAGUGCACAUACUGCUGGAUGAAGUGAGGAAGCAUCGUAUGGUUGUUGUAGGUAAAUUUAAUCGUGGUGUGCCAACAGACAUAAAGAAGCGCACAUGGGCAGAGAUUACCGCACGUGUCAAUGAGAUCGGAGAGUGCCAACGAGAGAUCAUAGAAGUCAUCAAGAAGUGGUCUGAUCUAAAGUGCGACACCAAACGGAAAGUGGCUGCCAUGCGGUCAGGGACAGUGCCCAACAGGGGUCUCAACUCGCGUCUUUCCAGAGACCUUAAUCCGACAGAGAAGAUAGUUCUCCAGAUCCUGGAGAUGGAGGACGACGAUCAGAGCAUAGGGGACUUCGGCCCACUGGGAGAUGACGACGAUGUGCCAGAGGAGGAAGAAGAAAUGGAAGAGGAGGAUAUGAUCGGAAUGCAGAGUUCUCCUAAUGGCGGGUUGGACAUACCCCCAUCAACCUCAUAUAGCAUGAGAGACUCAUCACAGUCUGCCUUCGAUCUUCAGUAUGAAGUACCUCCAACAGAAGAUACUGAAGGUGCGUUUGGGGACUCAGACGAUGACCAAAGGGAUGACGUACUUCCCUCCACUCAGGCAGCAAAACCAACAGAGGAUCACCAAGGAAACAAUGGCAUCCAGAAACAAGGCCAUCCUCAGACGUCCUCGGGACCUUCAACAUCAACCACAGCGACGCUUCCGUUGCCAGGUCAGCCCUCACAGAACACAAGAGACAGCAUGCUACAUAAUGCAUCGCUGAGCCUUCAAGAGCAGCACGCCACUAACAUCCUGUUGGAGACGGUUUCACGCUCCUUGGAGCUUCUGUCUGAGUCGGUGCAGCAGCUGGCAGAGACUCAGCAGGAGUUUGUGCGCGAGUCACUGCAGCUCCAGCGGGAGACGGUGCAGGUUCUCAGAGACUUCACAGGCGGAGCCAUCGCUCUCAUGCAUGACAAACUGAAUGGACGGCCAGCGUUAUAGCAACAAAGUGUCAGACAGAGAUGUCAAGUUGUAUCACUGACUACGGUACAUACAUGACCUUCAGUUGCAGGAACCGUUCAGUUCCUGUGGACUUCACUGCUGGUGACUGUACUUUGUGAUAGUACUCAACAGACUUUCCGUGGUUAUAUUUUAAAACUGUAUUCGUAGAAACAUUGUAUUAAUGGAAUCACUGUCUGUGAGGUUACAUGAAAAUGGAUUGAGAAGAUAACCGAUGUUAGCCAAAAUGAAAUAACAUGUGGAGUUUGGUUUUUUUUGCUACUGAAAGUGAGACUUCUGCCACGCUGUUUUUUUUUUAUCAAGCAUACACCACAGUUAAAGCCUUUACAUUCUUUUAAUGUUGACAUGCAAAAGUCAGUCAGUCACAUCCAUCUGUGUGUCCUUGUAUAAGGUGUAGUUGCAUCAGUGUCUGGAGGUUAUCACAUGUACUGUAAUGGUGAGUGGAUUUCCACACCUGACCAUUAUAUGGUCUAUAUGUCUGAAAGCUAAGUUAGAUACUUUGAAAAUACUUGUAACUGAAUAAUUUGUGAUUGUCUGAUUUUGUUUUUCUACAUUGCAAACAUGAACACUUGAAUAUGAAAGUUUCAAUAAUUUCUUUUAGAUAUGGAAUAAAAACCCCUCAUGUAUUUGAACAGAACACAAGUGAUUUCCCUAGCUGAGUGUGUCAGCUUCAAAGUGUUGGGGUACAGAGACUGCAGGGGACUGAAAUGGUAUAAAUUGGAAUGUAAGAACACUGGGACUUUUAUUUUACGUUUUUAAGUAUGCAAUGAUAAAAACCAACAGCAGGUGUACACAUAUACAUAUAUAUUAAUAUAUUCCGUCUGACGGAAAAAAGUUCCCUAAGUUUUCAAAAGCUUAUUGCUGGGUGAUUUAUGUAAAGAACCAGUUCUAGGAGAAAAUGUCAUCUGAGGUAAUGAUUUAGAACAUUUCUGUGUAUGUUGUGAAAACGGUGCACCUCAAAGUCUUGUAAAAGUGUGGGAGUUUGGAUUAGGACUUCAGAAAUCCAGAAUGUUUAAAUCCAUCUUGAUUUGGGGGCUGCACUUUUGAUUCAAAGCAUGCAUUUUGAUAUCCUGCUGAUAAAAUGACAUGACAUCAUGGUAGAGUAUACAUUUCAAGUCUUAGAUUUGAAACUAUUAACUGCUGGAUAGACUGAUUUUCAAAUAGAAUGAGAAACCUUUAAACAACAGACCCACAAAUCCACUUCGUGCUCAAAAUUUACCCUCAAACAUGUUAAUGAAGCUUCAGCUGUUUCGACAGACUUUCUGAUGUAGGCUGGUUUACACAACAGUAAAUGUGAAAUAAAAAUUGCACGUACAAUAGACCUGAAAGGAUAAAGAUAUUCAACAUGUUUUUGUUAUUUUUUUGUCAAUAAGUACCAUCAAAAGACCAAAGCCGACAAUAAAUUGAUCAACUAAAGUGAUUAUCUAAAGAUAAUAAACCCACCUCACCCUCA